AUCGAUAGCCGGCAUUGCUACAUUGUUACCGUUGUUUUCUAUUAUUGCGUUGUUCCGUUUCUUUCUGUAACAACGCAAGAUAAAAAAUAGAUAAUAAAAUAGUCAAAUCUCGGAGAAUAAAAUGAGUGAUCAGGAUCCGACAAGUGUUAUCAACAUGCUAAAAGAUCUUCGUUCUGGAGCAGAAUCUUAUCGCAGAAGUGUCAAUUUGCCACUAUUAUUCUCAGGAACUGGUUAUAUAUCUUCAAAGUUCAAUGAAAGCGAUGACAGCGUUAUCACACCAAAACGAUUAAGGCUGGAUGAUUCAGAAACAUCUAUAAUUAAUAAAACUCAAUCUGAUUCUGUGCCAGGUAGUCCUUGGGAAUGGCGACGUUUGAAAGGAGAGGUUAUAUCAUUAAAAACCAGAUUGACUCACCAAGAGGCAGCUGUUCAACAAUUACACAGUAUACGUAGACAAAUGGAGGAAGUUUUUGAAAAAGAAAAGGGUCUCUUGCAAGUUCAGAUGGAGCAAGAUAAACAAACUAUUCAGCAGUUAGAAGUUCGACUUGACGUUGCACGGCGAACAAUCCAGGAUACAAAGGAAACACAAGCUGCUGUAGAAAAAGAAUGGUCACAGACGAGAAACAAUUUGGAAAAAAAGAUAGCAUCAUUGUUAAAUGAAAAUGCAACAUUGUCGGAGAAUCUGAGAAAUGCUUCCACAAGAGAAAGAUCUCCUGUUACUAAGGAUACUGAUGAAUCAAGUGAGUUGCAAAUGAAACUGGAAACUACAGAAGCUAGAGCAGCAAUGCUGGAAGAGAGAAUAAAAGAAUAUCUUAAGAUGCAGCAGGAUUAUGAAUUGCAAAAUGUAGAAAUGCAAACGGUGAAACUUAAGAUAGAAAAGCUCGAAUCAGAAAGAGCAUUGUGGGAAGAGGGCAAGUUGUUAGUAGGAAGAGCCGCGAGAGCAAAUGAUCUCGAAAAAGAAUUGAAUACAGCAAAGAAAACCAUUUCGGUGUUAAAAGAAUCAGUCAGAGAAAAGUUACUCUUGGAAGAGCAAAUGGCCAAUAUGACAAAAAGGCUAGAGCACAUUGAAAAAGUGGAACAACAAGCGGCAAUGUUGGAGGCAAAGCGGUCUGAGCUUGCUUAUCGCUUACAGGAAUACGAGACGAUUGGCAUUACCGGCGGACCGACGGCAGUGAAGCGAGAGCUGAACAGACUUCAGCAAGCUGAAGUGGAACUGAGAGCAGAAGAGGGUCAGCUUAGAUCGAGAUUGGAUGCGGUUCUGCGAGAAUCGCAGAAUCUUUCCAAAAAUUACGAAGACGCGAAGAAGCUGGCUAAUGACGUGACGUCAUCGAAGGAAAAACUGAACAAACUUGUAAGCAGGCUCCAGAAAAAGAUGAUGCUCGUUACUAGAGAGAGAGACAGUUAUAGGCAACAGCUGGACUUGUACGAGAGGGAGAUAACGGUAGAUGGCAACAAUGCGAUGACCGAAAGGAUACCGGCUCUGGAACGCGCUAUAGACGGAUACAGGGAUUUAGUCAGCAAAUUGGAAGCGGAUCUUCAAGCAGCCGAAACCUACGCUCAGAAAAACGAAUGCGAAAAAUUGAGGGAAGAGAUCGAGCAAUUGAGAGGCGAGCUCGAACAUCGCGCUUUAAAAGGCGACUUCAACUGUAACUCCCGAAUUCUGCACUUCACGAUGAAUCCCACAGCGCUUGCGGAGAAACAGGCCGAAGAGAAGCAAGUGGCUUUAUUACAAGAAUUGGAGGAACUUCGAGCCAAGGUGGCAUCGGGAAGUUACGGCACAGUGACGUCAUCGUUGCAAACACAAGAAAUUGUGGAGCUGAAGCAAACGCAUGAAAUAAAGAUAGCGCGUUUGAAGGAGGCUUUCAAGGCGUCAUCGCAAGAAUAUCGCCAGGCAUGUUAUCAGUUGUUCGGUUGGAGGGUGGACCGAACGAAAGAGGGCUGCUACAAAUUGUCGAGUCAGUAUGCGGAGUCACCGGAUGAUUUCCUCUUCUUUCAUGUAGGAGAAGAAGGUGUAGAUAUGUUGGAGACCACCUUCUCAGCGAAUCUGGGCAACCUAAUCGAGCAAUAUUUACAGAGACAGCACAGUGUCCCUAUGUUUCUUAAUGCUGUACAAUCUGAUCUCUUCAGUCAACAAACUGUAACAAAUGUUAUCACAUGUUAAUACUAUUCCAUAUUUCCGAUAAAACCAAUAUUUCUAUUUAUAAGCCUAUUAGGUUUCAGUAUGAUAAUUAACAUACAACAGAAUUAUUUGAACUAUUAGAGUAUGUAAACCAUCCAAUAAAUUCCUAUAUUUUUAUUUAUAAAAAUAAU